CUCCCCUUGAACCCCUCACAAUUGUCUAGACAUACAUUGAAAAGCUACAUCGCCGCCACUUUGUCAAUCAACGUCAACAAUCGAUUCCUUUGACGGGAACAUUAGGAACUAAGAUGCGCAUCGGAUCUAGCCGAGAAAUCCCUGAGCCGUGACCAAAAUCACCUCUAUUCGCAUUUCCCCUCGGCCCGAAGCAGCUUAAGUCCAGACUCCAUCGUAUCGACGCCACCUCAUUCGAAUACCACAGCUCUGACCGACCGUGCUGAUGGUUUGACGGCAACUUCCGCAGAUCAGGAUUUCGGUCUUGACGUUUGAACCCGAUCCUGCCUUCCUCUUUCGGUUGGAAGACUGGAUAGUGAUGACUUUUUGGGCCAUUUGCGUGGUCGUGUUAGGUGGAUUUGCAUCAUUCCGCCGGUUUCAGCAAUGGGAUCGAUUACGACAUAUUCCAGGACCCAGUUUUUGCGCAUGGUCGGGUCUUUGGAUGCUUCGUGCUGCCUUCUCCGGCACAUUGUAUGAGGAUUUGGGGAGAUUGCACAAACAAUAUGGUCCGCUGGUUCGCAUUGCACCCAACUAUGUCAUCUGUGGAGACCCAAUCGAGGUCCGUCGUAUGUGGGGAGUUCGUUCUCAGUUCGAUCGCUCUCCGUGGUACAAAGGCUUCCAACUCGAUCCACCGCGAGACUGCACCUUGUCCAUGCGAGACGAGGGACUGCACACUGCUCUACGGGCCAAACUAGCCCCUGGCUAUUCUGGAAAAGACAUUGUCUCGUUACAUGACUCAAUUGACGCACAAAUCGCUAAAUUCGUCCGCUUCUUGGAAACCAAGUAUCUCUCAACUGAGACCGAGUUUCGUCCGGUCGAUUUUGCUCGCAAGGCGCAGUAUCUGACCUUGGACACCAUCUCGACUAUCGCAUUUGGACGUACAUUCGGGUUCAUGGACCGAGAUGGAGAUCUGUUUGACUACAUCAAAACCACCGAGGAAUCGCUGCCACUGAUGCAGAUGAUCGCCCUCUUGCCAUGGCUGAUUGGCGUUCUACAGUCGCCGUUGUUUAAAGCUGUCCGACCAUCAGCCACAGAUGCGGUAGGGCUUGGAAAAGUGAUGGGUAUUGCCAAAGAGGUCGUUGCCGAACGGUUUGGAGAUUCAAAGAUCACCAAACAAGACAUGCUAGGGUCAUUUGUGGCUCAUGGCCUAGACCAAAAGGACGCUGAACAAGAGUCCCUCGUACAGAUAGUGGCUGGCUCCGAUACCACAGCCACGGUAAUUCGGAUCGGCAUGAUGCACAUCGCAACGUCUCCACUGGUGUACCAGAGACUUCAGCGUGAGAUUGACCAAGGAAUCAAAGCUGGCAAGAUCUCAUCGCCAAUCACCGACGCCGAGGCACGUGAACUACCAUACCUACAGGCUCUGAUCAAGGAGUGCUUUCGCAUCUGGCCCCCCAUCACAGGUAUCAUGCCGCGCAUGUCGGACCACGAUGGAGAAGUAUGUGGUCAGCGUAUCCCUGCCAACACCCAUGUCGGCUGGAGCGCUCACGCCGUGCUUCGCGACAAGGCCGUCUUUGGACCAGACUCGGAGCUCUUCUCGCCGGAACGUUGGCUGCGAGCAUCUGCCGCCCCUGAGAAGCUGCGUGUCAUGGAGAAUACUGUCGAACUUGUUUUCGGUCAAGGUAGGUGGGGCUGUCUAGGCAAACCCAUCUCCUUGCUCGAACUCAACAAGGUGUUUGUCGAGCUUCUUCGUCGCUUUGACUUCACCGUCAUUAAUCCCUCUCAUCCUAUGGAUACUUUCAAGUAUGGCGUGUCAAUGCAGUCGAACCUCCUGAUGCGAAUCUCUCGAAGGGAUCAAGUUUUAUGAAGUGGACUCGGAGCUGUAUUGCCGAUUGUAUGAAAUUGUGUAGAUUUUGAUUGGCCAUCUCCCUGGCCUCUAGCAAUGAGAUCUAGUUUCGUGGACUA